AACUUAAGCAGCCCAGCCUACGCAUAGUAAUCUUAUUUUAAUGCACCAAAAGUCUCUUUGCUCAGUUUACCUCUGAUGUCUGAUGUCUGAAAGCUUAUAAAACAACAUAGCCUUCCAACCAUCUCUCAUCAAAAACAUACUCAAAAUUCAAUCUUCACAGCCUCCAACAAACAAUGGAUAAUUUCUUCUUGUCAUUCCAACACCAGAAACACCCAGAGAAGCUCAAUAAAAAGAGGCUGACUGAAGAUCAAGCGGCCAUCCUAGAGAAAAGCUUUGCCUGCAGAAAGAAGUUGGAGCCAGAGCAGAAAUUGCAGCUCUCAAAACAACUGGGUGUGCCUCCGAGACAAAUUGCAGUAUGGUACCAGAAUAAGCGAGCUCGCUGGAAGACACAGAGUCUUGAGGAGGACUAUGGUGCCUUGCAGUUGAAGCUAGAGAAUCUCAUGGCAGAGAAGAAACAGCUUGAGAGAGAUGUGGAAAGGCUCAAGGCCGAGCUGAAGGAGGCCAAAGAGAUGUUGCUCUUCAUGAAAGGUGAAGCAGAAGCUAAAACUCACAGUUCUUUCGCUGAGUUUUCAUAUAAUUGUGAAGAGGUUAUGCAGGUUGAAGAGCUUUAUGCUUGUUUCAUGGGUCCCAAUAAGUUCCUCUGAAAUUAAAGUUCCAUAGGACGCAUCACUCGAUGCUUAUUAGACUUCCUUUCUUAUCGUACUUAGUAGAAGAAUCAAACCUUGUGUUGACAGAAAGAUAAUAUCGGUCUGUUCAUUUGGUCAUGGAAUUGUGGGGUCUCCAAAAGUUACUCCAUUUUUUCCUGUAAGGGGUAUGCAUAUUGCAUAAGCCUGGAAAUAAAAAUGACCUCCUGGCUA